UCUCCCUCGCAAAGCAUGGAGGGGCGCGGAGCUCCUUCAUCCACUUCUUCUCGAGAACACAAAUUCUUCAACCGCGCGCUACAGAAUGCUGCCCUAAUGCCCCCCUCUCCCUCUCCCUCUCCUCUUCCACAAAUGACCCAAUAUCCAUCCCGGAAACCCGCCUCCGGAGGCAACAAGGACGAUACUACCUCUCCAUCGAUCUCCAACUUCGUUGUCGGCAGCGGUGGCACGGCGAUGAGGAUAAUAGUACCCUUACAAGGCAUCGUACAGGGCCGUGGUGGCCUCGUGCUCGGGUCCGUCAUCCCUUGCGCUUUGUUCUACCUCUUUCAACUCUAUCUUCGGCGCAAAAGACCCUCGUCUCCCCCCUCUCCUCCCCCGUCUCCCUCAUCCGGCGAACUUCAUGCGCUUCCUGUAAUCCCAAGAACCCAUUCUCGCAAUCUUAUUUCACCCCGCGCUGGCUCAGUUCCCGCCCCGUUAUCUACUCGCGCUGCGGUUGUCAACAAGUCGGAUGCUUGCCGUCUUGCCGCUGGCCAUCAGCGGUAUCUCAAUGAUCCCUAUCAUCCAAUCUUAAAUCCUGACGGGGUCAUCCAACUUGGCCUGGUUGAGAACCAGCUGUCUCUGGAUCUUGUACGGGACUGGCUGGAGAGGAAUUUUAAGGCAUUGUUGCUGGAAGAAGGUUUGAGGGAUUUGGGCUUAGGCCGUAUGGAGACUUGCUUCCAGUAUGAUGGUUUGUUGGAUUUGAAGAUGGCUAUUGCUGAUUUCAUGGGACAAGUCUUGCAAGGAUAUGUUUCAUUUAGUCCAUCAAAUAUGAUAUUAACAUCUGGUGCUGCUUCCGCGAUUGAGACCCUUUGUCUCUGUUUGGCAGACCCAGGAAACGCAAUUCUUGUUCCCUCCCCAUACGAUCCUGGGUUUGACAAGGAUCUGAAGUGGAGGACUGGUGUGGAUUUAAUCCCUGUUCCUUGUCGUAGCACUGACAACUUCAAUAUAAGCAUUUCUGCUCUUGAAAGAGCUUAUAAUCAAGCAAAGAAACGAGGGGUUAAGGUUCGUGCCGUCCUUAUCUCAAAUCCUUCAAAUCCUGUGGGAAAUCUAUUGAGAAGGGAUGCACUUUAUGACUUACUCGAAUUCACUUCGGAGAAGAACAUCCAUUUGAUUUCUGAUGAGCUGUAUCUUGGAUCAGUCCAUGGAGACAAAACGUUCAUGAGUGUUGCAGAGAUUCUAGACACAGAAGAUUUUGACAAGUGCAGGGUUCAUAUAAUAUAUAGGCUUUCGGAAAAUCUCUCCCUUCCAGGUUUUCAUGUAGGGGUCAUCUACUCCUUAAAUCACAAUGUCGUGGCUGCUGCUGCAAAGUUCACAAGAUACUCAUCCAUCUCCAUACUUACCCAACGCGUGCUCGUCUUAAUGUUAUCAGAUAAGCGGUUCAUUUCGGAAUUCCUUCAGCUAAUUGGAACAACAGUUAAGAAUAUGCAUCAUUUGUUUGCCCACGGCUUGAAAAGUCUGUAUGUUAACUGUGCUAAUGGUAGUGAGGGACUUACAUGUUGGGUGGAUUUGAGCAAGUUUCUACGUUCAUACAGUGAGAAAGGGGAGCUUGAAAUGUGGGAGAAGCUACUGGAUAUAGCUAAGAUUAAUACAACACCGGGGUCAUCUUGCCACUGCAUUGAACCUGGAUGGUUUCAGUUUUCUUUUAAAUCUUUGUCAGAAAGUGAUAUUGAUGUAGUUAUGAAGAGGAUUAGGAGAGUCAUUGAAGGGCCUGAAGUACAUAAUUUAUUUGAUACUAAAAGCUAACUUGUGCAAUCUAGUUGCAGGCCCAGCAUUUGUUUAUUACCCGCUUGGGUUUCACAAAUCUGUGUCACAGAUCUUUCGAUGUGAAAAACAGCCACCUAAAAUAAUCAACAUGUUGAGAGAUGGUUUCUGUGCGUUGUAUGUGAAACAGAUCAAUAUAUAUACUGCACAUGUUAUGAAGCAA